AUGACUAAUAAAAGUAAAUCAAAGUCGAAGACAACAUCAGUGGCAGAGAAAGAAAAAAAACCACCUACCAAAGUAAGUGAGCCUGAAGAUGAUGAAGAAUAUGAUUAUAUUAAAAUCCCGCCUGAUGGUGGCUUCGGUUGGGUGGUCCUUGUUGCCUGCUUUCUAAUCAAUAUGAUUAUUGAUGGAUUUUUGUAUGCUUUUGGAGCAAUUUCUGAUGAUCUUAAAUCACAUUACAAAUGUCAAGAAUGGGCUGUUUCUCUUGUCAUUUCGCUUGCUUGUAGUUGCUACUUGCUCAGUGCACCACUUGCUUCGGCUCUAUGCAAUAAAUGGGGUUGUCGACUGAUCGGUAUUAUUGGUGGCAUAAUUGCAGCAGUAGCUGUUGCAGCAUCUGUUUUUGUACCGAACAUCCAGCUCAUGUGGCUAUUAUUUGGUUUCAUUGGCGGUAUUGGUAUGGGUCUCGUUUAUUUGCCAAGUAUUGUCAUGGUUGGAUAUUAUUUCGAUAAAAAACGUGCUAUCGCCACUGGCAUUGUCACUGCUGGUACUGGCAUCGGUUCAAUCACAUUUGGACCUCUAUCACGUUUUUUAUUCGACCGAUUCGGCUGGAAAAACGGUCUUCUUAUCCUUGCCGUCAUUCUCUUGGGUUGCGUUAUUUGCUGUGCAUUCAUGCAACCUCUAAAACCAGUUCGCAAGCGACGUAUUAUGCAUGAUGUUGAGUUGUCGUAA